AUGAACUGGUCUCGUCACCAUAGUUUUCACAGGGCUAGGAAUUUGCUAGGGUUUUCUAAUGUAUGUGGGUGUGAGAGUGGUACUGAGAUAAUCUUGUGGUUCUUCAUGGAUCUUUGGGAAACUGGGGUGUAUGAGAGAUUUGGCAUUGGACGUCUGCCCCUUUGCAGGUGUUUAAAAAAAAAUCACUUUUGUUCCAUUGGAAGGAGCUUAGGAGGCAGCAGCUUCAGAAUAAAUCCAUCAAAAGCUACUUCCGUCAGGACCUCUUUCUCUAAUCCUGAGCAGAAUGAGACCCUUGAAGGGAGAUUAUGUUUGACUUCAAUUUCUGGCCUUUAG